UCCAUCCCAUUAUACAAAAACACAACACACUAUUAUAUUCCAUUUCUUUUCUCUCAUCUCUCUCACACACACGCGCACUGACAUCUAUGAUGAUUCCUUCUUUGGAGAAAUCUUUAUUCGUCAUAUUUCUACUUUUCUCAACGGCUUACAGAUCUACAAUCGGAUGUUACACAUCAAUCUUCAGCUUCGGCGAUUCGUUAGCUGACACCGGCAAUUUGCUUAGUAUCUCCCGGAGCUCCGGCGGAAUAACUACUCAAAUCGGCUUCCCACCGUACGGCGAAACCUAUUUCCACCGCCCUACCGGCCGUUUCUCCGAUGGCCGCAUCAUCAUCGACUUCAUCGCUCAACACCUAGGGCUUGAUUUGAUCCCACCAUAUUUCGGUGAACAUAAUGCCGAAAUCUAUCACGAUUUUAAGCAAGGAAUGAAUUUUGCGGUUGGCGGUGCGACAGCAUUGGAAAAUGAUUUCUUUGAGAAAAUGGGUAUUCCAGUUCCCUUCAAUAAUUCAUCUUUGCUUGAUCAGCUGUCAUGGUUCAAACAAAUACUACCCUCUUUUUGUGACUCAAAUUUAAGUUGCAAAGAAUUCUUAAAGACUUGUUUGUUUUUGGUUGGAGAGAUUGGAGGGAAUGAUUACAAUAAUCCACUCCUAAUUGGUAAUAUCACCCUUGAAGAAGUAAAAACUAUAGUUAAUCCUGUAAUCAAUGUGAUCGGAUCUACAAUAACAGAAUUGAUUGAGAUUGGUGCAGUCACACUUGUAGUACCUGGAAACUUACCAAUUGGGUGUGUACCCGUCUAUUUGAAUCACUUCAAGGACUUAGCCAAACAAUCUGAUUACGAUCCCAAAACAGGAUGCAUCAAUUGGCUAAACGAGUUCUCGCAAUACCACAAUGAGAAGUUGCUUGAGGAAAUCAACAAGAUUCGCGAAUUUCAUCCCCAUGUUACUAUUAUCUAUGCUGAUUAUUACAAUGCUGCAAUGGCGCUUUUCAAAUCACCUAGCAAAUACGGUUUAAAAGAUUGGCCAUUGGAAGCAUGUUGUGGGGGCGAAGGACCGUAUAAUGUGAACUCGUUGGUUAAUUGUGGUGAUCCUUCGUCGAAGAUUUGUGCCGACCCUUCUACAUAUAUUAAUUGGGAUGGAAUACAUAUGACUGAGGCUGCAAAUAAAUGGAUUUCCAAAGGUUUAUUAGAAGAAUACACCUUUCCUCUCAUUGAAUCCAAAUGUAUUUCAUCAUCUUAAUUUUUAUUUUACAAUUUUAUGUCUAUUAUAAUUAGCUCUUAACUUGUUUUAUAAUUAGUAAUUUUAAUAUUGACUAUGAUGUUUUUUUUUAUUUGGUUUGUUUUUGUUUGUAAGAUUGUAUAUUAGAAAAUGUAUAAAUUGGUUUUAUUGUAA